AUGGAGCCAGUAUCAAUUUCAGAUAUGGAUAUAGCUUAUGCAGUUCGUUCGCUACCGAAUUGGAAGUCAGCGGGACCGGACGGACUGCAUAACUUUUGGUUAAAGUGGCUCCGUAGCUCACAUGUACGUUUGGCAUCUCAUUUUCAAUCAUGCCUAGAAUCAGGUUCGCUUCCAUCUUUUAUGACUACAGGACUAACUCACCUAGUCUAUAAAUCUGGUAGUGCCACGGAUCCCAAAAAUUAUAGGCCAAUAACGUGUCUUCCGACGUUAUAUAAAUUACUAACGUCCAUUCUUAGAGAUAAGAUAACAUCUCAUAUUACGAACAACUCUAUUAUAUCUCACUCUCAGAAUGGAUGUAGAGGUGGGGCACGUGGCACUAAAGAGCUCCUUAUUAUUGACAUGACUAUUAACCAACAAGUUCGUCGUAACCGAAAAGAUCUGUCGACAUGUUGGAUAGAUUAUAAAAAGGCUUAUGACUCUGUACCGCAUACGUGGCUCUUGAGGGUGAUGGAGUUGUACAAGAUUGAUACAACUCUAUGCACUUUUAUGGAGACAUGUAUGCGGCAAUGGAGAACGGUUCUUUGCUAUGCAGGAUGUCGGCAAUCUCAAGGCGAUGGCGAAUAUAUAAUGAUUAAGCGGGGUAUAUUUCAGGGUGACAGUUUGAGUCCCUUGUGGUUUUGCUUAGCUUUAAAUCCUCUCAGCACUAUGUUGGAGGGUUCAGGGCUAGGCUAUCGUUUGCAGAGAGAUGGUAAGGUUAUAUCCCACCUCCUUUACAUGGAUGAUUUAAAACUGUUUGCUUCCAGUAGUUCCAUACUGAUGAAUUUACUAGAAAUAACUAAAACCUUUAGUAAAUGUAUCAGAAUGGAAUUUGGUGUAGAUAAGUGUGCAAUCAUGCAUGUAAAAAGAGGCAGGGUUGUGGAGUCUGAUAGGUUGGAACUCUCAGAUUCCACGCACUUUACAUGUCUCUCAGCUAACGAAACUUACAAAUAUCUGGGUAUGUCACAGGCGUUAGGUGUAAAUGAGUUGAAUAUGAAACAAUCGUUACAGGAACGCUUCUUUAGCCGCCUGAAAAAAGUAUUAAAUAGUCUUUUAUCAGGUGGUAAUAAGAAGAGUUCGUACAUUGCUUACUGUAUACCGAAUGCAUCAUCCACGUUCAUCGGUGAUGAGGUUAUAUAUUCCACGAAAAUGUGGUGGUCGUGGUUUUCUAAAUGCCAAGACCCUCCACAAUCGUGA